AUGAAUCUUAAGGAAGCUGGACUCAAUCGCAAAUUGCAAAUGCAAGAGCUAGAAGAGAUAAGAAGAGAUGCAUAUGACACUUCUUGGAACUACAAGACCAAGAUCAAAGCCUCCCAUGACAAUCGGAUUUCAAGAAAGCAUUUUAAGGUUGGUGAUAAAGUCUUACUCUUUGACUCUCAUUUGAAACUGUUUCUAGGAAAGUUACGGUCUAGGUGGAUUGGACCAUUCAUUGUUGAGCACAAUUAUCCCUAUGGAGCUGUAGACAUUCGCAAUAUAGAUAUAGGAAAGCAGUUCAAGGUAAAUGGCCACCGUCUGAAACCUUUUUAUGAAGGAUUUACAGUGAAAGUAGUGGAAGAAAUUCCACUAGAUCAUCACCCAUUCUGA